GGUAUGACGUGAGCUCUCUGACUCUCUUACAGACACACACAGCCUGUCUUUGAAACACACUGCAGCGUAAUUAAGUAUUCAGAAGUAUUCAAGAAGAGUUUGGGCGAAUAGAUGACUUGUGUGUGAAGGAUUGUUUUGAUAGUGUUGAUAGUAUGCUAGGUAUGUGGUCACAGUGGAGUGGGUUUCCAGAGUUUUGGGGGUGGAUAGGGAGUGUGGGUUGCCAGGUAACAUGCUGUGGUAGGGUCACAUUACCUGCUCAGCAGUGUCUCUGUGACGUUGAACUCACACAAAACGCACCCUCCCCACACACACACACACACACACAUAUAAACACACACUGCCGUCCUCUCACAUCAUCGAAGGAGUGAGAAUCAGGAGAGUGUGUGUCAAUUCUGGAAUGUUUAACAUGGUGUAGGCUUCACAUCAGAGCGACUAGAGUGCCUUUUUGUUCAUUGGAUUUCUGCACUGUAUAGAGUGCUUGUGUGUCAGCUGUAAAGUCUGUGUUAGGAUGAGGGGCUUAUUGCUUGUGCUGCUGGGGACAUUCGUGACAUUGGAGGUGAUUCAGAUGAUCAGUGCCCAAACUGCAGCAGGCGAUGAAGAUUGUUCCAAGAUGGAUUCUUGUGAUCAGUGUGUGAGUCUUUCCCGCAACCUCACACCCUGUGUUUGGCGGAUCUGUGACAAUGACAACAACACAGGGUGUGUAUCUGAUACUGAAGACUUUCAGGACUGUAACAGGCUAAACGAAACAGACAUGUGUGCAGGCACUGAUAUUGAUAUUGAUAUUGAUAUUGACAUAGAUGCAAAACCAGCUCCAGCUCCUGAGCUCUCUCAGGCAUCUUUUGACCUGUCCAGUUUCAUUGGGGGGAUCAUUCUUGUACUGGUGCUUCAAGCAGGAGGCUUCUUUGCUAUGCGCUUCCUGAAGACUAAGGACGGCACUUAUGAAACCAUAGAACAACCCCAAUAAAUGGAACAUCUUAAAGAGAUUCAAUCGAUUGAUUGAAUUGACGGGUGAUAUGUGGAAUCAUUAUAUUUCAUUCAUUUAUUUAUUUAUUUCAUUUCAUUUAUUGGUUAAUGUUGUGUCACAGUGAAUACCUAUAUUUUCCUGUCACUAUCUACCAUCUAUGUCUGAGUGCAUAGUCUGGACUGAUUACUUUUUUUAUUAUUCUUUGUAAAGGCAAUUUACAUUGUGUGUUUAAUUUUUAAAGAUGAUUUAUUUAGCUUAUUAUGUUUUUUUUUGUGUGUUUUUAUUUCUUGUUUAAAGGAUAGCAUUAUCUUCGGCCUUGUCACUAUUCUGCUGUGUUGCUCAAUGGUUGUCAGCCUAAUCGUUUUAGACCUCUCCAGAUGUGUGUUAACCUACCAUGGUUUGCCCCACUAAUAAAAAUAAAAAUAUUUAUUUCAUUAUGAAAUAAUACUUUAAA